AUGUCGCUUGGAUGCUCAUGCAUUUACUUCCUCGACUACAGAGGAAAGGUACUAUUGUUCAGAGAUUACAGGGGAGAUAUCUCCUCCUCAGAGAUAAACAAGUUCCAGAGAAGACUCCUAGAACUGGAGGAUAGUCUGUCCAAACCUGUUUUCAAACUUAAGGAUAUUACCCACUGCUGGGUUGGAAAGAACAACCUGUACAUUGUGGCCCUCUGCAAGGGCCAGCCCAAUGUCAUGAUGGUGUUCUACUUCUUGCACAAGCUAAUCAAGGUGUUUGAAGACUACUUCACGGAGUUUAACGAAGAAUCUUUGAAAGAUAAUUUUGUCAUAACUUAUGAACUACUUGAUGAGAUGAUGGACCAUGGAUAUCCACAGCUGACUGAGACUACCGUACUCAAGGAGUUCAUUAAAUCUGAAGCAUUUAGGACUGCUGGCAAGGAAGAGAAGCUCACAGAUAUUAUGGUCUCCAGUGCCGUCUCGAAUAUUGUGUCAUGGAGACCUGAAGGUAUCAAGCAUAAGAAGAACGAAAUCUUCCUUGAUGCAGUAGAAGAACUUAAUAUGCUAUGCUCUUCUACCGGGAAUGUACUCAGCUCUGAGAUUCUUGGAUCAGUUCAAUGCAAUUCCAUGUUAAGCGGAAUGCCUGAUUUAAAACUAGGCUUAAAUGAUAAACAAGCUUUCGAGAUCAAGGGAAAGACUAGUAGAGGGAAACUAAUCGAACUUGAGGAUAUUAAAUUCCAUCAAUGUGUGAGACUUGCCCAGUUUGACAGAGAUAGAACAAUUUCUUUCAUCCCUCCUGAUGGAAAAUUCGAACUUAUGACUUAUAGACUAAACACUAGAGUAAAGCCUCUGAUUUGGGUAGAGUGCACUAUUGAAUCCCACACCAAGUCAAAAAUAGAAUAUAUGGUCAAGGCUAAAGCUCAGUUCAAAUCCAGAUCGAUUGCAAACAACGUAGAGAUCUACGUUCCAGUUCCUUGUGACGUAGACUCUCCAAAUUUCAAGACAAACACUGGUACUGUCGAAUAUUUACCAGAAGAGGACUGCAUGCAUUGGUCUAUUAAACAAUUUGCAGGAAGGAAAGAAUACUUAAUGAGAGCUAGCUUUGGGUUCCCUUCUGUCGAACAGACUGACAGAGAAAAAUUCAAGAAUGCUAUUAGGGUAAAAUAUGAGAUCCCUUAUUUCACUGUCUCAGGAAUUCAGGUCAGAUACCUUAAAAUUGUGGAUAAGAGCGGAUACAAAGGGCUUCCAUGGGUCAGAUAUAUUACUAAGAAUGGACAAUAUCAAAUCCGUAUGAGCUAAAGUAAUUAUUCUGAGUUCAACAUGAUAAUAGACCGCUG